CUCGCCCCCUCCCCCAUGCUGCUCCGCCUUCCGACCCACGUAGCAUUGCUCACCCAUGCCGUUUUGUUUACUAUACAUAAACGUGUUUUGAUUUCAUAUUUCUUAUUGUCAAACCAUAGAACUGAAUUAUGGUAAACGUUGAUAUUUCAGAGCUUUUUCGAGAAAAGGACUUUCUGAAAAUAUGUGCUCCAAUGGUCAGAUACAGCAAGUUGCCGUUUCGUGUUUUGGCUAGACGUUAUGGAUGUGACUUGUGCUAUACUCCUAUGAUUAUGGCAGAUUCGUUUGUUCAAUCUGCCAAAGCGAGAAGUAAUGAGUUUACAACUUGUACAGAUGACGAACCUUUGAUAGUUCAGUUUGCUGCUCAUACAGUUGCGGACUUUGUGAAUGCAGCUGAAAUUGUUUCUCCACUGUGUGAUGGUGUGGACCUCAAUUGUGGAUGCCCACAACGCUGGGCCAUGAAAGAGGGGUAUGGUGCUCACCUUCUGACCAAGCCAGAACUGAUACGGGACAUGGUUCUUCAAGUUCGCAAUCGAGUCUCUGAAAGAUUUGCUGUAUCAGUAAAAAUACGUCUUCUUGAUGAGGACAGGAAAACCAUUGAGUUGGCUCGAUCUUUGGAGGCUGCUGGUGUCACAUUCUUAACUUUGCAUGCACGGACUACACAAGAAAGGCACUCACCAAUUCAUGAAGACUCUUUACGAGAGGUUUGUCAGAGUCUCCAUGUUCCACUGGUAGCUAAUGGUGAUGUAAAAUCAUUGCAAGGUGCCACUAGAUUAUACAUGGAAACAGGUUGUAAAGGUAUGAUGGCUGCUCGGGGCAUGUUGGAAAACCCUGCAAUGUUUCUAGGGAAUUCCUCUACUCCUCUGGCUUGUAUUCAAGACUGGGUCAACAUCUCUUUAGAUUUAGGAGCAAUCUUCAACUGUUUCCAUCAUCAUUUGGUCUUUAUGAUGGAGCAUAUUCUUCCUAAGGAUGGACGAAGAGUAUUCAAUUGCCUUAAGACUAAAACUGACGUGCUGGACUUUUUGCGAGAAAAUUAUAAUAUAACUUACAUCCCUGGAGAAAGUGGUUUAAGUGCUGAAAGUGAUGUGAUCACCUGCAAUGAAAGUAGUGACCGAGAAAAUAAUUCAACAGGCUCCUUUUUUACAUCAUCUAUUCAGAAGUAUGAAGUUCAAGAUGAUGUUCUUGAUAGUUUGGGCGGAUUAUAUGACUAAAAGAAAAUAUAUUCUUAAUUUUGCUUUUUAAGUAAUAAUAAAAAUUUAUCUGAACAUCUGCUUAA